GCCUUUGCUGUCACCCCUGCCAAGCCCUACCAAACCCUGUCAGCCCCCACCAAGGCCCUCUCAAGCUUCACCAAGGCCUGUCAACCCCCUACCGAGACCUAUCAGCUCUAUAAUCUGAAAAAAGUGCAGUGUCUUAGGAGGGAUUGAUUAAGUAAACAGUGACUUAUGGCCAAAAUGGAACUAUAUGGAGAUUAAGUAGAGAUUAGAAUAGAAGCUGAAAUUGAGCAGGAUAGUUACAAUCACAGACUUCCAACUUGCUACUCCUUGGUGUGAAAGAAUCUGCAGGAAAUUAAGUACAUGGCAACUCCUGUUAGUCCCUCAUGUGUUCUUGAAAGCAGACUGACAGAUUCAGUGUGUGACAUGCUGACGUGGGGGAAGGCUGUCUGGUGGCUGCUCUAUGCUGUAGCUAACAAAAUGGUUGUGUUUCAAGUGUUGUCAUGCCUGGAAAGUCUACAGGUCAUCAUUACUAGUAUAAAUGUGUACUACAAUGGUGAAAUUUAGUGAAAAAAUGUGCUGUUUAUGUAUUGGCAGGGAAAGAUUUGUGCUCAUCAAGACAAUGAUAAAAAAAAUUUUUAUAUUAUUAUUAUUAUUACUAUUUUUUUUCUUUUACUUGUUUUGCUGUAAGAUGAGACUACAAUAACUGCCCCUUGAUGCCCUAUAAGGUACCGCCAAGCACCAAGGGGCGGCCACCACGGUGUACAGUGAAGCACGUCCCAGCAUCCCUGUCACCAUCUUUUCCCUGCCAAUAAUUAUGCAUUACAUUUCCCAACUAAUUUCAUUCUAGUACAACAUUUCUACUACUAAUGGUGGCCUGGUUAAUCUGUUAAGGGAGCACUUUGUUCAACAUCUUUAAAAUAUUAUUUGAUCAUCACCUGUAUCUCUCACCUGAUGAUAUAGAUAGGCUGGGUGUAGGUAACAACUUUCAACCUCUCCUCAGUGAUGGACAAUUCAGAGACAGUGAGGUCAGCUUCCCCUGACUGCAGAGCUCCUACCGUGCCCGUCCACUCGUUGCUUGAGCUGUCCUUCAGUUUCCCAGGGGCAGUCGGUCUGUACAUGCGUGAGGUGGCGAGGGGCGUGGCCAGGGGGCGGCUAGUAGCGUGUGCCACCAUGGAAAUAUGUACAGACAUAAAGAAGACGCCCUCAAGAAAGACUACCCCAUCCCCUGCCUCCCGCUGUGCCCCACCCAGACACCACGGCCCAGCAGUGACGCCAUUCCACCUGCUACACGACGCUGGCUGACGCACUCCAGACGUGGCAGCAACAGGAGGUGGAGGGCAGGAGCAAGAGUCAGAUGGAUGGCGAAGGAAGGCAUGAUGGCGGAGCUGGUGGCUUUGGAGGGUGUUCGUGCAGGGUACCUCGGCAGGGUCUAGAUUAGAGCAAAUGGAUGAUGAGAGACUAGUAAGGUGUUUGUGUGGAAUAUUAGGAGUAGCAGUUGGGGGAACAAGUGUGUUAGGAUGGUAAUAAAGAAUGGCUUGGAAACUAGUUGUUGGGCUUUUGAGGGGUUGAGUGAAGCCUUGUUGAGAGUGAUGGAAGUAGGAUUGUCAGAAAUGGAGAGGGCUUACAAUGUUAUGUAACUAAGUGGACAAGUGAGAUAGACAGAGUGAUCAAGCACAUGGGACUGAGCGAGCCAAGUGUGGAAAUUCUGGGAUGGAGUGAGCCAGGUGUGGAAAAGUGUGGAAAUUGUGGGAUUGAGUGAGCCAUGUGUGGAAAUUGUGUAGAAAAGUGUGGAAAUAGUGUGGAGAAGGUGUGGAAAAAAUGUGGAAAUUGUGGGGUUGAGUGAGCCAGGUGUGGACAAGUGAGAUAGACAGAGCGAUGAAGCAUGUGGGGUUGAGUGAGCCAGGUGUGUGCGUCACUUGGGGAUGACUGUGAGCUAACCUGGGACCAAUGGUUGAUGACGCUCACUGAUGGAAUUAGAAGCUGCAUGAAUUGUUUAUGUAGAUUUUAGAAGCUGUCUCAAUUGUUUGUGUAGAUCUGAAGCACUUACUUUGAAUUGAAGGCUUGGACCAUGUAAUAUCUUUGUAAUUCUUCUGUAUCUCUGUCAUAAGUUCCUUAGAUAACUCACUACUGUUUUUGUCUCUAUAUAAUAAUAUGUACAUUUACUCAAACUGCAUUUCCUUUCAGUGUGCAGGUUGGCAGUAAACCUCCCUGAAGGUUCCAGAACUGCUCACCAAGUGUCCAGCCCAGCCUGUCACAAGACUAUGUGACAGUGGACCUUCCACUCAUACUGAAAACAGCUGUGCACUGCCACUCACAGGAAGUGGUGACCACUCUAGAUUGAGUUGUCUUGAAGCUGAGAUGAGUUGGUCGGGUAAUGAGUGACUUGCAUCAAGUGACCGUGAGGUGUUGGACGUGAUAUUGUGUUAUUGCAAGUGUAACCAGUAAUAAUUCACACAGCAAGAAGCCAAGGACCCACCGAGGCUGUCACUUGGAAGAGGUCAUUGUUGUUGCAUCCAGCAUCCCAGCCUGACUGCCUAGACAGGUCCCGCAGGUUGCUGAAUGGCAGAGAUGCAGGCUGCUCCACAGCAAGAUCAGCGUUCGACCGUUUCUCUAGGGGCAAGCGACACCUCCUGGUGGGGGACUUCAAAUCUGCUGUCGCUGCCUUCGAGGAGGCAACAGAGUCCCUGGUGGAGCUGUGUGGGGAGCAGGCGCCCGAGUGUGGUGACGCGUACUGCCGCUGUGGCCGUGCAUUGCUGGAGCUGGCACGCAAGGAGGCAGGGGUGCUGGGGCCAGAUCUGGAUGGUGCCAGUAGUCAGGAGGGAAGCACAGGGGAAGAGGAGGACGAGGAGGAAGAGAGUUAAGAGUCACAAGAGGAGGAGGAAGGUGGAAAGAAAGAGGAAGGAGAGGAGGAGGAGGAGGAAGAUGGGGAAGGAAAGGAGAAAGAUAAGAAGGAAGGAAAUGCCGCAGAAGGAGAAGAGCAAUAAGAAAUUAGAAUUGACAGAGAAACCAGACAAGGGACUGCAUUUGAAGAAGCACAAGAACCAAGAAAUUUACAUAGCUUUCAUUUUGGUUUACAUUCUGAAAGGUACAGAUACCAAGGGGAAAUUGCUGGGUCAAGUGGCUACACUGACAUCUGAGGUUAGCAGGUUGGAGAGUGAGUGCAGCAGUCUUCAGGUUCAGCUAGACUGUGAGAGGGAUAAGUAUAACAAACUGCUGGGAGAAUCUCUUGCUCAUGAAAAGUUGUCUGAAGAUGUCAUAACUGAACCAAAAGGAGAAACAACAGGAUUGGGAGGAACUGAGCUUUAACAGAAGCUGCAACAACUGCAGGAGGCUCACAGGGUCCUGGAGAGCAGGUUAACUUGCAGCAUGAAGGAGGUGGCUGAGCUAAGUGACAGGAAGUAGCAGCUUGAGCAUGCUGUAGUGCAUGAGAAGACAGAGUCCAUCGGUGUGUGCAUGUUUUUUGCUCAUUUGAAUCAUCUGUAAAAGUGAAGUGGAGGAAGUGUUUACUGUUUACUGUAUGCCAUUUCCUUGGUCUUUUAAUGAAGAAUUUUAUCCUUCUUCAGGUGACUACAUCACCAUCUACCAGUUGCAGUGAGGAGUGAUGAAGUAACAAGCUCGAGAACGCGAGUUAGACCUUGCCAGCCUCCAUCAUGAAUGAGAGGAAAUGAAGCAAAACCACUCUGCAGGAUUUGAUAUCAAAGCUGGUGCAGGAAAAGGAAGCAGAUCAUGACCUUCAGCAGCUCGAGAAGAUAAGCAGCGUCCUUAAGAGUCCAGUUGCUAUCUUUAGCAGUGUUGGAACCAGUGAGUCUGAGACACCCACCACCAGUGGAAAGGUGGCUGACGAGCGCCUCAAGCACUCUGAAAAGGUGGAGCAACAACAAGAAACAGAAAAUUGCAUCCAUCAUUCUUUGCCUGAGGAGGGAAUUGAUGCUCCGUUGACCCUUCACACUGAUGUCCCUCAUGAGGAGGGAGAAUAUGAAUCCUACAGAACUUGCCCAUAGGAAGACCAAAACUGUUACUGCUGCCACACUGCCACCACUUCCACUGACACCAAAAGCCCAACUGUGCAGAGAAUCCUGGACCUCCGCAAUGAAAUGGAGUCCACCAGUCACCUGGAGCACUUUAGCCUCCAAAAGUUCCAUCCGUGUCCAUUGUGUUUGGGUAAACUUAUCACUGUAUAAGGGGGACAAGUAUCAGUGUAUGGUUACUAUAUACUCAUUUGUACUUAAAGAUGUCAUGUCACAUCAUUCUCUCUCUCUCUCUCUCUCUCUCUCUCUCUCUCUCUCUCUCUCUCUCUCUCUCUCUCUCUCUCUCUCUCUCUCUCUCUCUCUCUCUCUCUCUCUCUCUCUCUCUCUCUUUCUUUCUUUCUUUCUUUCUUUCUUUCUUUCUUUUUUUGCAUAUGUUACUGCUUUACAUUCCUCCCCACAGUAUUUUUUCAUCUACUUUAUGACUGCAGUAGUUUUAUCAUCCCAGUGUAUGCUGUAUCCACUCUGAAACUGUAAUUCACCAAUCAGCUCAAAUGUGUCUCUGUUUUGAUAAUCAUUAAUUUGUUUCAGCUACACAACCACUCUGAUAAGGGACAAAAUCUACUUCACCAGUCAUCUAUGUCAUACAGUCAUAUAUAUUCAUACAUAUGACAAAAUACUCUUCCUAAGACAUUUCUUAUUUUCUCUUCUCAAGUGACCUGUCCAUCUAUCUAAGGUACCACAUAACAUUUAAAACUUACAAUAUUGUGUUUAAUUCAUGAACACUUUUUUGUCUAUCUAUGGAGACUUGCGUAUAGACUUGAAAUGUAUUGGGAGUUUUCUUUAUCUCUCAUUCUAUACCUAACACCUGUUCCUAAGAAUCCCCAGGUGAUAGCCAUGGUGACUGGCUGGUCUCCUACUGAGUGGCUGGGGUUUUCCAAAAGUGAGGGUUGGUGUUCUAUACCAUACCAUGUGCCCUGUUUGUAUUCCUUCUUUGUCCUCUGUAUUAUAUUCUAUGUAAAGAUGGUGCUGGGGUGGGAUCUACUUCUUAUUCCCUAAAAGUGAUGAGGAGUGACACUGGGCAGCAUUGAUUUGCUCCUUAGAGAUGGCUGGGUUCCUGUGGAUGAGUGGGCCAUGCUGUGCUUUGUCAAGGAUGGUGUUUGGUAUUGUGAUGACUCUUGCCACAAUCAAGUGCCUCCCACAGAGUAGUGGAGUACCUAUGUAUGGUGAUGACCCAAGCUGUCCAGGUCUCAUCCAAUGCCUUAAUAUGAUUUAGAUGAUCAAAAUGGUUUAACUCACCAUUUAAUCAGCUGACUGAUUUGAAUGGAGAAGUAUGUAAUGUGUUGUAGCCUAACCAUCCCUGCCAGCAUGGUCAGAUUCUUGGUAGUAACCUGAAAUGCUCCUAGGUAGUGAGUAUCAUUGCACAUAAUGAUCUUUACUUUGUCAGUAAUUCAAUGAUACUGAAUAUUACUCUACUGGAUUUUGCUCACCACUGCUUGGUAACUUUUGGCCAUAAUCCCAGGUCUGGAAUGAUAUGAAGCCAUGUUUUUACAUUCCAUAUGAGACAGGCAAGCACUAUGCUUUGCCUGACUGAUACCUGUACUUUACAUUUAUGACCCCAGGUAGUUCAUCACUCUCUCUCUCUCUCUCUCUCUCUCUCUCUCUCUGUUUGGAAUUAUACUGUAUAUUAGGAAAUAUCAUUAAAGAGUGUGUGUGUAAAAAGUGUUUGCAUUAUUGUGCAUUUGAUGUUAUAGCCCCAGGUUCUUAAAGUUUUCUAGUUUCAUGAUUUAUAAAGAUUGCUAUUUUUAAUAAAGUUAUUGAAAUUGUUA